AUGGCGAACCGUCUAACUACGUUAGCUUCAAGCAUCAACGAUAGAGUUGGCAAGCUGAGCGCCUAUCUAUCUCAGAACAAUCUACCAUGCCCUUCGUUCGACGCAGAAGCGGCUUCGCACGCGCCCCUAGGUGGUGAAGCCGAAGCCAUCGCACUCGAGCUCCAAGAUCUCGGUCUAGAGCUCCACGACCUGCUUCGCGGACCUAUAGGGCUAGUCCUUAAUCAUCACCUUCCGCCGAUCCCCAUCUACGACAUGAUUCUCCGUUUCGGGAUAGCCAGCAAGGUCCCUCUAGAAGGCGACAUCAGCUUUGCCGACUUGUCGAAAUCUACCGGCAUUGACCAGGACGUCCUGACACGGCUCCUGCACUACGGCAUACUCCACCGCAUUUUCCAAGAAAAGCGACCAGGCUACAUCUCCCAUUCCGUCCUCUCCAAGCUCAUGCGGGACGAUCAAGGCAUGCAGAACCUGGUGGGCAUGAUCCAAGAAGACAUCGUGCAGCCCUGGAGGUUCAUCGCGGACGCUCUGCAGAAGUGGCCCGGCGCCGAGGACAUGGAUCAGGUGGCCCUCCUCCUAGCGGAGAAGCGCACGUCAACGACCUUCUGGAACAUCUUGGCCGAGCGACCGGAGCGGGCGGAGCGCUUCGCGAAGACGAUGAGCGCCUUCUCCGUCGACGAGGAUAUAGGUGCAGACUACCCGUUUGAACAGCUCGGAGCUGGGACUCUGGUGGAGUCGGGCGGCUCGACGGGUGGUGUCGCGUUCAAGAUUGCUGAGAGGCAUAAGGACUUGAAGAUUAUCGUGCAAGAUCUUGAUGAAAUUGUCAAGACAGCCAAGGAGCGCGAGGGUUGUAACGUGUCAUUCAUGACCCACGACUUUUUCAAAGAACAGCCUGUCAAAGGCGCCGAUGCCUACAUGAUGCGCUGGGUACUGCACGACUGGAGCGACACGCACGCGGCUCGCAUCCUACAAGCCCUGGUCCCAGUCUUGAAAGCAGGGACGAAGAUCCUGAUCGUGGACGCGGUCGUCCCUCCCUUCGGCGCGGUGCCGGAGACUUCGCAGCGUCACUUGCUGAAGUUCGACAUCAGCAUGUUUGCCCUGUUCAACGCGGGGGAGCGGACGCUGGACCAGUGGAAGGCGCUGUUUGCGCGGGCGGAUGAGCGGUUCCAGUUGCAGAGGGUGUGGCCGUUGAGGAAUUCGCAGCUUUCGCUGUUGGAGCUUGUGUGGUCGCCGUGA